UAUAAUUCAAGGCUUCCUGAAAGCCAGGAGGAUCCUCAGAGACCAUCUAGCCCAGUGAUUUUCAAAGUGUGGUCCCUUGACCAACAGAACAGCAUCACUCAGACUGAAUAAGAUAGAAACUCUGUGUUUUCACAAACUUUUCAGGUGAUUCUCAUGUGAUCCUUACAGGUGAUUCUAAGAUUUGAGGACCUUCCAUCCAGCCCAUUUUUCCCGAAACUGUGCUGCUAGAAUACUUAUUUGCAGGGGAUUAACGGGUGCUCUGUAAAAGGAGGAUCUAUGGUCAAAUAAGUUUGGGAACUACCUACUCUCUGCAUCACUUUCAGAAAGUCACAAAUCACAGUGGUGUGUUAAUGACUCUGAGAAGUUCCACAGUAAAUUCUUUGCUUUUGAUUAAUCCAACGUUGUUUCAAAUUGCUUUUUCAGAUUGCUCACAUUUCCAUUAACACUCUCUUAGAGAAAUUCUGACCCACCUCAUUCCUCAUUUUUCACGUGGAUUGAAGAUUGGAAGAAGUAUGGGGACUGCCCUGAGUUUCAGAGAGAAAGUGUGUCAGGGCUCGAAAAGGCCUUAGCAAUACGCUUCACCCCUAAACCCUGCACCCUCUUUCCCUGCCUCCCAGCCAUGCAUCCCUCCAGAGCUCUGUGAUAUGGAGCCAGUCAACAGCACAGAGGUGUCUGAGUUCUUCCUGAAAGGAUUUUCAGGUUACCCUGCCCUGGAGCACCUGCUCUUCCCUCUGUGCUCAGCCAUGUACCUGGUGACCCUGCUAGGGAACACAGGCAUCGUGGCGGUCAGCGUGCUGGAUGCCCGCCUGCACACACCCAUGUACUUCUUCCUGGGAAACCUCUCCAUCCUGGACAUCUGCUACACGUCCACUUUUGUGCCCCUGAUGCUUGUCCACCUCGUGUCAGCCCAGAAGACCAUCUCCUUUCUUGGCUGUGCACUCCAGAUGUGUCUGGGUCUGUCUACAGGCUCCACAGAGGGUUUGCUGCUCACCAUCAUGGCCUAUGAUCGCUACCUGGCCAUCUGCCGGCCCCUUAGGUACCCCGUGCUGAUGAGCCACCGGCUCUGCUGGUUGCUGGCGGGAGCCGCCUGGGUCCUCUGUCUCUUCAUGUCAGUGACUGAGACAGUCAUUGCCAUGAGGCUGCCCUUCUGCGGCCACCGUGUGGUCAGUCACUUCGCCUGCGAGAUCCUGGCAGUCCUGAAGCUGGCCUGUGGUGACACGUCCAUCAGUGAGGUCUUCCUGCUGGUGGGUGCCAUCUUGCUGCUGCCCGUGCCCCUGGCCUUCAUCUGCCUGUCCUACACGCUUAUCCUGGCCACCACCCUGAGGGUACCCUCAGCCGCCGGGCGCCGCAAAGCCUUCUCUACUUGCUCAGCACACCUGGCCGUGGUGAUGCUUUACUACGGCACCGUUAUCUUCAUGUACAUGAAACCCAAGAGCAAGGAGGCCCGUAUCUCGGACGAGGUCUUCACCGUCCUCUAUGCUGUGGUCACACCCAUGCUGAACCCCGUCAUCUACAGCCUGAGGAACAAGGAAGUGAAGGAGGCUGCCAGGAAGGUAUGGGGCAAGAUACAGACCUCCAGGUGAGGGAGGCCAGGGCUCCUGCAGGUUAGCAGCUCAGGUCUGCCUUUGCCUACAGAGAGGAUGGGUAGGGCACAGGGUUGGGGGUCUGGAAUCUUCAACCCAGAAAGGCAGCACCACCUCCCACUGAUCCUGCCACAGAUCCAAGCUCACAAUUCUGGCUUUGUUCCUUCCCCGGGCAGAGCCCUGGGCCAGCACUCAGCAUCAGUCUCCGCAUCUUCACACCAGCCUCCCGGUUGGACUCUAGAUUUGUCUUGUUCCUCGCAAUCUAUCCUCCAAGGGUCAUCCAGAGGGAUAUUUCGGAAAAGUCUAUUUGAUCAUGUCUCUUUCUUGUCUAAAACCCCUGAAUGGCUCCCAGAGCUCUCAGGAUGAAGUGAAAGGGCUUCGCUGGGGGCAUUCCAGACCCCUGCAACCUGGCCCUGCUGGUCAUGACCAAUCCCCUUCCCCACCCUGUGCCCCACAGACUCCCUCCUGUCAGCCGCACACACCAACCCGGCAGGAGCCUUGUGCGCCCAGCAAUGCCCGACUCUGUGCCCUUCUUGUUUCUUCCCACAAGGCAGCCCCCAUCCAGCACACACCUCCCUGUGUAAAAGGACGUCAUCCUCGAGGCCUUUUUAUUUUUUAAAUGUAAUUCCCUAUGCUACACAUGAGGUCCUUGUUGUUUUCCUAUUUUACAUAGAGUACUGUAAAUCUGUUAACCCCAGCUCCUGAUUUACCCCUCCCCAACCUCAAGGCCCAUGUUGAAUGACGCCUCCUCCAGGAAGCCUCCCCACUCUGCACCUCUCACUGUGCUCCUCCUGCUUUAUUUCAGUGUUGCUCUAAGAGCCAGUAAUACCGGAUUUCACUCUGUCCCAAGGUCUGGCCCUGCCCAACCCCAAGCCCACACCAGUUUCUUAAAUAAACAGAAAAUACAUCAAUGUAGGGCAGAGCCUGGGGUCCUCCCCA